GAGUUACUGUAUUGUACUGUGAAUCUCGGGAGGGGGGCUGCAAAAAAUCUCCUAUUCUUACAGAGGUUCAUGCCCCAUAUUUAAAACAUCUUAAGCCGGAUUGCUUUUUAACAGGUCACAGGACGUAGAUGUCGUUUUGAUUCACAUAUUUAUUUUGUUUUUAUUUUAGUUUAUGGUUUGGUUUUUUUAACACUCCGGGAGGGCAGAAAUGGCGGCCAACAUGUACCGGGUCGGAGAUUAUGUCUUCUUUGAGAAUUCUUCAAGCAACCCUUAUCUGAUCAGGCGAAUAGAGGAACUGAAUAAGACUGCAAGCGGCAAUGUUGAGGCAAAGGUGGUCUGUUUCUACAGGAGAAGGGACAUCUCACAGAGCCUCAUCCAGCUGGCUGACAAACACGCAAAGGACCUGGAUGAAGAGAAGGAAAGCCCCUCAGAGCCCGAACUCAGUGAAAAACAGAAACAUCAACUCCGCCACAGAGAACUUUUCCUUUCCCGCCAGUACGAAUCCCUCCCCGCCACACACAUCAGGGGGAAGUGCAGUGUUGCCCUCCUGAACGAGACAGAAGCUGUGCUCUCCUACCUGGAGAAAGAGGACACAUUUUUUUAUUCAUUGGUGUACGACCCCACACAGAAGACGCUAUUGGCCGACAAGGGGGAGAUUCGUGUUGGUCCACGCUUUCAGGCUGAUGUCCCUGAAAUGCUACAGGAAGGAGAACCUGAUGACAGAGACCAGUCCAAACUGGAGAUGAAGAUAUGGGACCCAGAGUGUCCGCUGACCAACAAACAGAUUGACCAGUUUCUUGUGAUUGCUCGGGAGAAGAUUAUACAUUGGACAGAAUUCUGGAGAAGUAAAUUAACCUGUGUUUUAUUUCAGCUUCCUUGGAAGUCGCUGACCAGCAUCAUUGAGUAUUAUUACAUGUGGAAAACCACAGACAGAUAUGUUCAGCAGAAACGACUGAAGGCAGCUGAAGCAGAGAGCAAACUGAAGCAAGUCUACAUCCCUACAUACAACAAACCCAAUCCCAACCAGAUCUCCGUCAGUAACGGCAAAAUGGCUACUGUGAAUGGUGCAGCAGGAACAGGCAGUUUCCACACAGCCGGAGGCGGCCGCGCAUGUGAGAGUUGUUUUGCCGCACAGUCUGCUCAGUGGUACUCGUGGGGUCCUCCUAACAUGCAGUGUCGCCUUUGUGUGUCCUGUUGGAUGUACUGGAAAAAGUAUGGUGGCCUAAAGAUGCCAAGCAGAGCUGAAGGGGAAGAGGAAAAAACGCCUCCAAGCCCUGCACCCAAUGAGAUGCGUUCUCGUGGCCAUGGCGCCCGUCAGUCUUCCCACAUGGUUCCGAUAAGGAACAGCGGCAGCCCCAAAUCCUCCAUGAAGACUAAGCAGGCGUUCCUCCUGCAGGCCACGCGCCUCACCAAGCUGGCGCGUCACAUGUGCCGUGAUCUCAUCAGGCUGCGCCGGGCCGCGCGCCGCCCCUUUGUGCCCAUUAACUGUGGUGCCAUAAAGGCGGAGUAUAUGAUCCGGGUGUCAGAGGGCACGACAGGGCGACCUAUGAAGCCCAAAUCUUCCCCGAGGAGCACCCUGACCAGCGUCUUGCAGUAUCUCGAGACUCGUCCAGCAAUGCAUGUUCAACGGCCUCAUCGCACCCCUGGCCUACAGGUGCAGCCCCCACGGCGCCUACUUUCCUCUCUUCCCAGCCAUGGCCCACAUGGCAUGUUGGGAAAACGGAGCUACCAUCACCACAGCAGGGUUGAAUCUGCUGAGAGGAGAGCCAGUGCUCCAGGACAAGAAAAUCCAGCCCAUAUUGUGGGACCCAUUCUGCAGCAUAAUGGAAGCAGCACCGGUGCCUCCAACGCUCGUAGCAGUGGCCUGAUGCUCCGCAAGAGACGACCCAACUGGAUUGAUGCUCCCGAUGACAGCUUCUUUCUGGUUUCCCGAGAGACGAGGAAGGCCAGAAAGCUGCUCUCCCGUUCACAGUUAAGAAGAGCGUGCAGACAACCAUGUGAGCAGAUCAGCCUGCGCAGGGUCCCCCAGGGGCCAGCGCAGGUACCUGUCCUGGCGCCCCCUCACCCCAGUUUACGGAUGCGAGGCCCAAUCGUCAUCCACGACUGACCCCCUCGCCUGCAUUGUUCCCUCAGCCUGUUCUGUCACUUUCUCAUUUGCUGCCUAACUCUGCACUGCACAGGCCACAAGCCACUAAAACACUUCUUAUUCCUCUUUAGCAGGGACGCGGGAAGUAGGGGUGCUGAGGGG